AUGGGGUGGCGCUAUCUCCACUGGACUCUUGGGGCGAUAGUCUUCGUGCUGAGUAUCCUUCGCGUAACUGUCUUAAGGCUACAGCAUUCCCCCAAAUGGCUAAUCACGCAAGGGAGGGACACCGAGGUCGUCGAGACCCUUCAAAAGAUUGCGACCGAGGCCGGCCGUCCUCUUGAUCUUACUGCAGAGCAGCUACGCUCGUACGGUGACGUAAAAGAUGCCGAGAAGUCUGCAUGGUCCUUUAAGCGUCUUAGCGUACAUGUCUACGGGCUGUUCAAUAACCCGGAAGUUGGCGUAUUCUGCGAGUGUGUCAGCAGUAACUACAUCACCUGGAAGAACUACGCGAUAACCCAGCUCUGCGGACUCUUUGGCCUUCCGCUCGCCGCAUACGCCGUCGAAACCAAGUUACUCGGGAGGAGAGGCACGUUGGCUCUUACAGCAAUAGUGACAGCAAUCUUCCAAUUCGGAUAUACGCAGGUGAAAACGCCAGAACAGAAUUUGGGCGUUGUGUCUGCUACCACUAUCUUUUCGUAA